UUUAUCAGAUAUCUAUGUUCCACUUGUCUCUCUCAUUCUUCUUUAAAUUCCCAUGUAAAUCUUAUUACCGUUCGUUCACGUAUAUUAUAUUUUAUACUUAUAUAUAUAUAUAAAGGCCACACAUCUUUCUUCUUCAGAUAUAACUGUAAUUAAUUUUUAAAUCAUGGAAGAAAAAUGUAGCAAUAUUACUGCAGUUGAAUUACGAGCUGAAGAACAAGAUGAAGAAGAAGAAGAAGAAGAAGAAGAAGCUCUCUCGUUGAGUGAUCUCCCACUUUUUCAUCAAUGGCGGAAAGAUCAGAUAAAUAUCGAAGAAGAAGAAAGUAUUAGAUCUCCGGUAAUGGAAGUUAAAGAUGAUUUCGAUUUCUGCUCCGCGUCAAAAGAAUCCGAAAUGUGCGCCGCCGACGAACUCUUCUUCAAGGGCCGGAUUCUGCCCUUCCGCCACUCCGUCAGUAGUUCCGAUACGGGUUUGCUCCGGUCCGGGUCAAUGGAUCGUUACUAUUCGGGCGGGUUCAUUUCCAGCAGAAGCAGCAGCAUCAACAGCCACCACUCCAUGACGUCAUCAUCCAGCAGCAGCGCCGCCGGAUGCUCUAUCCCCGCCGCCGUGAGGCGGCCCAAGCUACCGCCGCCGCGCAACCAGUUCCAAUAUUCUCACCCUAGCCCGUCGCCCAGAUUGCAUUUUCCGAACCAGAGGACAAAAAUCGCCGCCGGCAGAAAUUACGCCGCCGCGAAAUCGUCACCGCCGUGGAAUAUUUUCCGGCUAGGGUUAGUCGCCGCCCCGCCGGAUCUAAAAUCACGGUGCCCCAGCAGGAAUAACAACUUCGGUAGCCGUAACAGCAACAGCAGCUCCAUCAGCAGCGGUAGUAAUAGCAACGCGAAGAAGAAGAAGAAAGCUAGGGUUAAUUUGCUCGGCGGCGCCGGCGGUUGUAGGUCAUGUUCGUCCGAUACGGUUGAUACAGUUGCUCCAAGAGUCGUGUUUUACAAGAGGUGCGCGAGUGAGGGUGACGUGGCAAAAGCGCUACUUGAUCUCCAACGACGGAAGAGUAAUAAUGCAGAAGAUUCGACGAUGACGACCGACGAACACGUGGCGAAAAAGCGCUUGUCCCAUCAUCGAACGUUUGAAUGGUUGAAGCAACUUUCUCUUGAAGAAGAUGAAGCGUAGAUUUAAAUUUAAAAUAAUUAAAUAAUUAAUAAUUUAUUUAAAAAAAAAACAUUAUCACGCAUGCCUCCUUUUGGUUUGAUGUAACUUACCUUUUUUUUUUUUUUUUUGAUCUUAUGUGGUUGUUAUUAUUUAAUAAUAGUCUUUGUUAA